CUCACUCAUCAAAACCAAAAUAUGUUGUUCUGUCCGUAGAUACUUUGGUCUUUGUUGUUCAUUGGGUAAUAUUUUUUAUCAGAUUCACUUCUAGUUCAAUGUUGGAGUUUUAGAGGUUACCGGUAUUCCAAGGUGUUGGUUUGGUGUUGAAUGGAAGAUAUCUUGAGUAGUGUAAAGUGAAAGAUGACACGUGUUUGUUUAAUAGGUUAAUUUGAAAUAAAAACAUACAAAAUGACUCUCGAAGCUAUAAAGUAUCACCAAGGUGAGCUUAAAAUUCUGGAUCAGCUGCUACUGCCAAUGGAGUCGAAAUAUAUUGAUAUCAAAGGGGUAGAAGAUGGAUGGAAGGCUAUUCAUUCAAUGCAGGUGAGAGGGGCCCCAGCUAUAGCUAUUGUGGGUUGCCUAAGCCUUGCUGUGGAGUUGCAAAAAGAGUUACCAGUAGAGAAAAAGAGACUGCGACGAGAGAUUGAAGGGAAACUCAACUAUCUAGUGUCUGCCAGGCCAACAGCUGUCAACAUGAAGACAGCUGCUGAUCAGCUGAUAAACCUGGUCAACGAGUUGGAUAAAAAUGAUUCCGUCGACUCUGACCAAAUGAAAGCCAAAUUCAUAGAGGCCAUAGAAGAAAUGCCCAAGAAAGAUCUGGCGGAUAACAGAGCCAUCGGAGAGGCGGGGGCAGACGCCAUCUUGGCGCAGCAGACCAACGACGGUCUAGUGCGAGUAUUGACACACUGCAACACCGGAUCGCUCGCUACAUCGGCUUUUGGAACUGCUCUGGGAGUCAUACGCUCCCUGCAUGCACGUGAUAAGAUUGAACAUGUUUACUGCACCGAGACUCGUCCAUACAACCAAGGUGCUCGACUGACCGCGUACGAACUCGUUCAUGAGAAGAUUCCAUCGACCCUGAUUUGUGAUAGUGCAGUGGCAGCAUUGAUGCGUACACGUCGCAUCUCUGCAGUUGUGGUUGGCGCAGACAGGGUUGCUGCAAAUGGUGACACUGCCAACAAGAUCGGUACUUACCAGAUAGCGGUAGUUGCUAACCGACAUGGAGUGCCGUUUUACGUAGCUGCACCAUUGACAACAAUAGACUUCUCAAUAGCCAGUGGCAAGCAGAUUGUCAUUGAAGAGCGCCCUGAGAAGGAAAUGACUCAUGUAAAUGGCAUGAGGAUAGCUGCUCCAGGUGUGACUUGCUGGAAUCCUGCCUUUGAUGUAACCCCAGCGGAACUCAUCACCGGAAUAGUAACUGAGAAAGGAGUCUUCAGUCCAAGCGAUCUCAUCGACAAACUCCAGAACUCUGCUGGUUAGCUUCCCCAAGGUGACCAGGAGAUGCUGAACUCAGUUUUUAUAGUGAUCUUCACUGUUGCUUGAUGAAGAAGAGGAUUCGGGUAAAAUAGUCUAUUCCACACAACACUUCCCGAAUAUGUUGAUGAUUUAUGAUGGACAUGCAUUUGCCUUGAAGUAGUCUACAUACUUGUAUGUUGUCUACUAACAUUGACUAUGGUUAGCAAAAUUAUGUGUCUCAUAAAUGUGGAAGGAAUGCACGUAACUCUCGAUAGUCAGUUAUGUAUUGGGUCUACAAGAUCAUUAUUGCUAGAUGACUCAGUGCAGGGAUACAUUUUGUUAAUCGUUAGAUUGAGUUUAUGUAAUUCUGCUCAAUUAACCUAAAGGAUGGUGACAUCUAGUUUUUAUUCCAUUAUCAGUUAUUUUGUGUUCUAAAUAAUGAUAAGAAUGUUUUAAGUAAAAUGUGUAUAUCAUUAGGGUUGGGCAAGUAUUCUGAGAUUUUAUUAAUUUGAGUGUUAAAUCUAAAUAUUUAGAUUAACAUUAACAAAUUAUGUUUGCAGUUCCUACAUUCAAGGCAGCAAUGUACCAAAAACAAGUAUAUUCUUUCUGGACACAUUAUUCAACCUCUAUUAUACAGGGUGUUUUUUUAACGCACAGGCACAACUCAUAUACAAGUACUGUGAGACACAUUUAAAUGACAAAACAACCUUAUAUUUUGGUAUCCCUGUUUUGUUACUUCAUUGCCAAUCAGCUGAUAUGCGUUUUUGUAGUUAUUUAUGAGGCUUAAUGUUAUUGAAAAUUUAUUGUAAAUAAGACACAACAUAGCUUUUCCACAAUCUCUAUGAGAAUAAUACUUUGAAAGUCAAUCAUUGGUUUUAUGCCAAGAAAGGUUUGAAAUUAAAUUUCCAGGUGUGAUUCCAGUACCUUAUAAAUCAGCUAUUAUUUAAAUAUACAAAUUUAUGGAAACCGAAUUUGAAUUUAGGGAAAACUGAAAUCUCUAGAUUUAAACAAAAUCAAAUAAGGAAAUGGAAAUUCGCUUGGUCUGCAAGUAUGCGUUGCCAGGGUAUAUUUCUUUUACUACAGAUUGGGUUUCCUUAAAUUUGUACUAUUAUGGACAUGUAAGGGCCCAGAAAAUGGCAGUUUUAUAGGCUGAAACAGGUUUUGUUCUUUACCCAUUACUAACAAAAAUAUGGUGGCAAAUCUUGCUCUCUUUGCAUUGAUUAAAUAAACAGGAAUGUGGUUUUAAUUUCAAAUUAUUUUUCAGUCCAGUAGGCAAUUAAAAAAAAAAUUGUGGAUAGUUUGGUUCUAUUUAACCAACUUUCAAAUUGAACUAGCCUACCUACAGACAUAUAACCUAAAUCAUAGCGCUAAUGUAAAGAAGAUUAAAAAUUCAAAUAAUUUUCAAAUAAUAAUAAGACCCGAAGAAUUUGAUAAAUUAUUUGACAACAAUUGAUCAACACCAAGAAAUUGAUUUGUCUGGUGCUCUUUAACUUUCAUUUCUUUGCACUGACAAACACUAUCAGUUGUAUGUAUAUCGCUCAACAUCUCUCGUUAUUUCAUUAAUUGAUGUAAUUCACAACUGAUAGUCAGUAACUGACAAUUGUUUUUAUCCGAAUACUUGACCUCCCUUUAAUUUUAUAAGUUUUGUUUCAAAACCUUAUUGUCAAAUACUGGCAAUGAUGUAAGACGUACUUACAUAUUUAGUCAAAUGAAAAGCUCAAAUCAUAUUUUCGUAUCUCUCAAAUUUACAUUUAUUUCAUAUCUCUCGUUUUCAUUAAUUGAUCUAAUUCACAACUGAUAGUCAGUAACUGACAAUUGUUUUUAUCCAAAUACUUGACCUCCCUUAAUUUUUUAAGUUUCAUUCCAAAACCUUAUUGUCAAAUACUGACAAUGAUGUAAGACGUACUUACAUAUUUAGUCAAAUGAAAAGCUCAAAUCCUAUUUUCAUAUCUCUCAAAUUGAAAUUUAUUUCAUAUCUCUCGUUAUAUCAUUAAUUGAUGUAAUUCACAACUGAUAGUCAGUAACUGACAAUUGUUUUUAUCCACAGAGCAUAGAAUAAAUAUAGAGUCGCCACUCCUAUACCUACAGAUAUACCAGUAGUGAAGCCGAUUUCCGCCAUCUUGGUAGUAGAGUUGGUCUCGGAACUUUGAAAACACGGUGUCAUUACCACUGUGUUAUUCUAUACUACUUUAUGAAUUAGAUGAAGCUAACGCUCCGAGGAUACAUAUAGAACUAUCCCCCCUUCGAUAUUGACCUAAGACUCUGCCCCGCGGGCUUUCAAAGUUCUGAGGUGAGAGUUUUAAAAGUAAAUACUGAUUGGUGGUUUCCAUGGUAACAAUAUAAUGGUUUAAAUGUUACAAAUGCAGACCGGGCCGGCCGCCAUCUUGGUACGAGAAGCCUGCCUCACUCCAGAUGGCAAGUGCCGCCUCUAUAUUUAUUCUAUGCUCUGUGUUUUUAUCCAAAUACUUGACCUCCCUUAAUUUUUUAAGUUUUAUUCCAAAACCUUAUUGUCAAAUACUGACAAUGAUGUAAGACGUACUUACAUAUUUAGUCAAAUGAAAAGCUCAAAUCAUAUUUUUAAUGUUAAAGAAUGGUUAGAAUACUGUAGCUGUAAGUAGAAAAGACGCCUGAUUUCAGGAAAAUUUUGGAUACUGAUUGUUUUGUACAUUUCUUGAAUAAUGUAUUUCUAAAACAUAAUUUUCACCACGUUUUUAUACUAUUAUGAUAGUUACUGUUUAUGGAUAGAAACUCACAAAGUUGCUAGACUUACACCUAAUACAUCUUAUUUACUGUUAAAAAUUAGACUGAAUUGCAUAACACAAUACGUAUCUGUCGAUAUUUUUAAAUCGCUAUUUAAGAGGUGCUACUUUCAUUAUUUUUAUAUUGAAAAAUUGAAAUAAUUAAUUCUCAUUAUUAUUACUAAACUUUAAAUUUACAAGAUAUACUUAAAAAUUAUUUAAACUGAUCCCCAUAGUCAGGUUUAUUGUUUGCUCAAAUAUAAAUUAAUACAAAAGAAUAUCAUAUUCUAUAUUCGUGACACCCAACACCGAUGAAUUCUUGGGUAAUGAAAUAGGUGAUUUUGAGGGAAAAUAUAUUAUUUCAUUGCUGCUGUCAAGCACAGUUUUUUAGUGAAUUUCCCUAGAGGGAAGUAGGUAUUACCGUAGGUGGCACGGUAAGACCUAGCUAGACCCGGGACUGAUAUAUUUUUUCUUUUCAUUUUGAUGUCCCUAGAGAGAGACCAAAUUCAUUCAAAUGUUUAUAUAAGUAUAUGUGUGUGAACGUGAUAACUUGAAGUAAUUUUUGUCUGAUUUUUAUGAAAUUUGGCUUGAAGAUGUAGGGUGGGAUGAACUCGAAUGAGUUCGCAAACCAGCAUGAUCGGACCAUGGGAACGUAUGGGGGGUUUUAUGGGGGGGGGGAAAUAGUUUUUUCUCAUUUUUGACUCCUCAAAACACCCAAUUUUCCAAUUUCUCUUUAAACCAUUUUCUAAAGCGCACAACUUCAUAAUUUAUCCAUACUAUAAUCAUCCAUACUCAUUUUUAUACCUUCAUAACCAUAUCCAUACUGUUUCAAUGGAUCAAAAUUAUCAAAUAUAUUCAUCUUUAGAUGAUAAUUUGUACUGUGUUUGUUAUUUCGUCAGGUAUAUUGAUGAUGUCACAAAAAAUAUUGUAAACAGAUGUCUACAAAAACAUAUUUUUGUAACAGUACAAAAAUUGUCUCAAAAAGUGUUUGUAGACAUAUGGUAUAUUUUGUCUCUGUGUUCCUUGAAACAAGUGUUAUAAUGGUAUAUGCCAGACCAUUUCAAAAUAGCUGAAACAGAUUCUUCUUUACCCAUUAUAACAACAAAAAUACAGGCAGGAUCAAAACAUCGUAACUAGUGAUGGUAAAAACCUGAAAUUUUGAAUCUCAAAACCAAAACUUAAAAAAUCAAAUCCCGAAUCUUGAAUCUCAAAACUGAAACAUGAAUCUUUUUUAGUUUCCUCUUAAGGUUAAAAAAAUACAGGUUACGAUAAAAUGUUUAUUAUGCAAUCAAAACUAAAAGAGAUUGAUUCCUGACCCUGACAUAAUAACAUAAAUAUGUGACUGAUAAACAUUGAACCCAAAUCAACAUAUUUUUUAAAAACAACCAACCUUAAAAUAAAUUAAACUCAUGACACCACCAUAAAUAUAAAUAUGAAAUUAGUUAGAACAUUUAUUUUAAUGGUCGAUAUUUCUUUGUGUUUAAAAAUUUUGAUAUGAAACUGAAUUGUACGUUCUUCCCGUAAUAGUAUUUAAGAUGCCUUUUGCAGGUCAGAAUACAAUUCACUUGUUUCAUUAAAGUUAAUGGUGAUCUGUUUGCUCCAUUGCUGCCAGCUUGUGUGUAAAAAGUGUUAUACAAUAAUAAUGACACAAAAAUAUGUCAGCAGAUUCAGAAAUAAAACUGCCAAAAUCUUUAAUUUCAAAACUUUUGAAUCUCGAAACUCGCCAUUUGAAUCUCGUAACCGAAAUCUUUUCAAAGUUUUGAUUGUUUUGAGAUUUGGUUUUGACAUAUCACUAAUCCUUCUAAAGGAAAAUUCAGCUACUUCUCAUUAAUUUAACUAAUGCCUAAAAUUUUAUCUACUAAACAAAUAUUGUUUUCAAUAUGAUUAUUGUAACUCUACCAUUCUACAUUGGGUAUAUUAUUCCCUACUUUGUGCUGCAAUAUUGAAAACAGUUGCAUUGUGUACUAAAUUCUAGCCCUCCUUCAGAUUUUCAUUUUACAUUUUCAACCAUUACAUUUUAUGAGUACUUGUACAAUUGGUUUUCUUGUGAUAGUUCACUUUCAAAGUUGUAUUUUAAUUACAUGUACAUCCAGGUGUAAAUGUAUUUUGAGUUUAGUUAAUCUAAACAAAAAUUAUUGUGCCAAGGAUUACAAAUCCAUACUAGCGAUUCUUUAUUAAAAAUAUUAUUUCAUCUUAUAAACUGUUCUUGAUCCAUUGAAAACUUUUUAAUCCCGACUGUCAUAAUGUCUGAUGUGAAAUUGCAAAGUGCCUCAUAAAAAGUAAAGAAUAUUAAAUAUUACCAUUGACUAUAUUACUAAUCAGUUGUUCUUCAUGUAAAACAUGUUUUUGUACUAUAGUGUAUUUCUUGGUUAUUGAUCUCUAUUGGUUAUUCUAUUUUUUUAAUUUUUCAGAGAAAGCUAAGCAAAGCAUUAAUUUAUUUUUGUAAAAGUCCCUCAAAAUACUGACGCUGGCGUCUGAACUUUAGUUUGCUCAGUUAUUUAUUAUCUAGCUAACCUAUCCCACAAGUUUGUUGGUGUUCAUUUGUGUUUUUCAGGGUGACAUAUUUAUAUGUUUUCAUUGUCGUGGCCAUUGUAUGUUUUUAUAGAGGUUAAAGUUAAAAAUAUUUGUUGUGCCCUCCUUAAUUUGGUUAGUUUUACAAAAUGUUUUCACUGUAAGAUUUUCCAUGAUUAAAUUGUAGUUCGUAGAACCUCGAUAAUCCAGCUUAAACGGGCUGCCCGUUGGUAAGAUUUAGGAAAAAAACCAGACCAUCAGAAGACUAUUAGAAUUGGAGAAUUAGAGUGAGAUAGCCAUAGUUUGAGAAUUGCAGUGAUGAUCUUUUAUUAGCGGCUGGUGAGUGCAUGUAUGUGAGUUCCGUGUUUCAUCCCUACUUCUUGGCCUUUAAUUGUGGUGCAGUUCGGCAUUGUGCAUGAUUACUUUCUGUUUUAAGAUACCGUAAUGGGAUCUUAGGAACAGUAAUUAUUAAUGAAAUGUAAUUUCAUACUAAAGUAAGUACAAUAGAGAAAUGUUCUAAAUUGUACUGUGCUUUUAUAGGAAAUUACAUACUUACUAUUUCUUUUAAGCUAGGCCAAUGAUUUUAGGGAUGGGAUCAAGCCGGACUACUAGAGGGUCUGGAUUAUUGAAGUUCUACUGUACUUCCUUAAGUUUAUAAAUUAUGUAAAAUUCGUUUUGAUUAAGUUAAUUUGCCUAUCUUUUUGACGAGUUUAUUAAGAGCUUAUCAUAAGGUUUCAUAUUGUUACCAUCUCCAAUUUUAUUUAGCUCUCAAUGUAUUCUUCUAAAUAAAAAGACAAAACUAGUUGAAACCUAUUGACUUAUAAAAAUUGUUGUUUACGAUUGAACUAAUAAUAAAGCGUUAGUCAAUUAUUAAAUAUCUAUGAUAUUAUAGGCUUCUUAUUAACUUUAUAUUACUGUGUUCAUAUUACAAAUUUUACUAUAUUUUAUAUAUCAGAUAUAUUAUUACUUGGUGUAUGCAGUAUACACUGUACUGUUGUCUCUCAAUAUAAAUGCUUUACAUACAA